AUGAUCAAGAAAUCGCAAUCCUCUUCCGCCGAUACCAUCAUUUUUGACCUCGAAGACUCGGUGGCAGCGCACAAGAAGGGCUCUGCACGCGAGACCGUGUUCCUGGCGCUCGAAGCUGCCGCUCGUCCCGGCCCGGAGCUGGCGGUGCGCAUCAACCCACCUUCCGAGGCACGAGCGCUGGCAGAAGACGAUCUGGACAUGAUCCUGCCUAGCCGUCAGUUGCAGGCGAUCGUGGUGCCCAAGGUGGAGCACGAGGAGGAUGUGAGGCUGAUCGUGGAGAAGGCGAAAGCGUUGAGGGACGGAUCGACGUUGGACGAGGUGGGACCGUUGGCGUUGGUGUUGUCCGUCGAGUCUGCUGCGAGCUUGUUGAGGAUGCCGAGGAUCGUCGAGACGAUUCGGGAAGGAUUAGGACAGGAUCCCUUCUCAGGAGAACUGGCUUCAAAUGCUACAAAAACACCGGUAGCGCAGGUGGUAGCGCUGCUCUUCGCUUCCGAAGACUACUGUGCCUCGACGGGGAUCCUGCGCACCCGCGAUCGAAAAUCCCUCCUCUUCCCACGAGCUCACAUGGCCACCAUCGCCAAGGCAUACAACCUGUCCGCCAUCGACAUGGUGUGCAUCGACUACAAGGACCAAGACUACCUCGUCGAAGAAGCGCAAGAAGCCAAACAGCUCGGGUACGACGGCAAGCAGGCCAUCCACCCAGUUCAGGUGGAUGCGAUUCAAGACACGUUCAACCCGACGCAAGAGGCCGUCGACAGAGCAGCAACGAUCCUGCACCUCUACGAACACGCCAGUCAGGGCGAGAACAGAGGAGCGUACGGAUUGCAGGAGAAGGGGGGCGGGAUGACCAUGAUCGAUCGACCGAUGCUGUUGCAGGCGAGCGCGGUGGUGGACAAGGCGAGAAAGGCCGGUAUGAGGAUCCCUGAGGGUAAGGAAUUGGAACAGCAGCACAAGCAGCAGUGA